AUGGAGAUGACAAUCAAGAACUCUGUCAUCACUGACAUCAAGGGUGGCGGCAUCUUUGGCGAGAAGCUUCGUCGGCUCGCCGAAAAGACGAGCGACACGCAGUAUUCAGGUUUCAACCAGCCGGGCAUCAUGCAGUGGUGGGAGGCUUCGAUCGGCACCUCGCCCAAGAUCCACCGACCACGCGAGAAUUACGCCAACGGGUUCAACUGCGGGCUGUACGAGCGCAUGCGUGCGGGCAUCAUUCACAUUGGGUUCGGCACUAUCAUCUCCGCCGACACUGAGCGCGCCGAUGCUAAAGCCGGCAAACUUGACAUCAAGAUCAUCGAGCACGGGCGUCUAAAAGCACUCGAUGAUCCUGAAGUCCGCACGAUAGCAGCUAAAUAUGGCAACCCGGACGAAAUGCUAAGAGAAGACUGGAUCCCAGCGAUCCCGGGAAUCAACAUGGCAGGAGAUUACAAUGAGCACUACGCCGAGGAUCCCUACAAGUACACGAUGAUGGAGCUGGACUUGUGCCGCAAUUAUCAUCCGCUUUUCCAGAAGAUGGCCCCUGCCAUGUUCGAGACGGACUUGGUUAAGCAGGCCGGCUCGAAGGCUCAGACGCACCACUAUAGCAAGGAUGCCGUCGCUGCCGCUAAGGAGAUAAAAGAGUUGUUUACGGUGGAGGGCAAGAACCACUUCGAUCUGUACGAUGAUCUGACGGAGACAGCACCUAAGUUGGUCAGCGUCUUCGGGAAGGCCUUAGCUUGA